ACCCGUCCCAUUCUGCAAGAAGUCGAUGUGAAAUGGACAGAGAAAAUUCUGUUUUAAACACAAGGUCAGGCAUGAACUGAUGGCAGUGUUUCUCUGCUCGAUCGAGCGAGGCUGAGGACGGGAGGAGGAAUGCAGAGCCUGAGCAUUUGUCACGUCAGUGUCUCGCUGUAACAAAGCGGUGGCAGCGAGAAGGAAGAGGCGGAGUCAGUAGGUUGGGGUUGGUAACUGGGGCGAGUGGCAGCCGCGGUCCGAGUGUCUGCGGAACGGUGGAGCAGCCUGCCCAUUGUGUUAGAGCGGAGCCUGAUUCACUGGCGCAGUCUACAAGCUGAGCGAAGGAUAUCGUUAGCUUUCGUCUGUAUUCUUCCACCCAAGGACUUGGAGGCGCGGCGAUUGUAAUAAGGCGGUGUGCUUCCUCUGGCCAUUUUACAGUAAUUGGCUCUUUUGCGGGGUUUCAGAGACUGGGAUUUGUUCCCCUCGGUAAGUGAAGCCAAUGCAGAAUGUAUGCCAGCGGUUCAUUGAGGUGACCUUAGCGCUAACCCAGUCCCCCGGGCCAUCCCAUCGAGUUUGCCCCAUCUUCCCUUUCCCUGCUUCUGAGGUUUCAGUCCCAUCUUGGAAUAUUGAAAAAAUACUUCUGUAAGGAUAUAAGAAUACAAGUAACAAAAUGGACGGAUUGUCAAAAAGGAAUGAGAAGUUGGAAGUGCCAGAGGAGGAAGAAGUCGAUCCGAGAAUCCAGGGGGAACUCGAGAAGCUGAACCAAUCAACAGAGGCUAUUAAUCGUCAGGAAACUGAGCUAGAGGAGGCUCGUCAAAAGUUUCGAACUGUUUUGGUCGAAGCCACUGUUAAGCUUGAUGAAGUGGGGAAGAAGGUAGGAAAAGCAGUGGAUGAUUCUAAGCCUUACUGGGAGGCCCGACGAGUCACACGGCAGGCCCAGCUGGAGGCCCAGAAAGCUACCCAAGAUUUUCAAAGAGCCACCGAAGUGCUGCGCGCAGCCAAGGAGACGAUUGCUCUGGCUGAACAGAGGCUGCUGGAAGAUGAAGAGCGGCAGUUUGAUUCAGCAUGGCAGGAGAUGCUUAAUCAUGCAACGCAGAGGGUUAUGGAAGCAGAACAGACCAAGACGAGGAGUGAGCUGUUACACAAGGAAACAGCCCUGAAGUACAAUGCAGCAAUGAGCAGGAUGAAGCAGCUGGAGAAGAAACUGAAGCGAGCCAUCAAUAAAUCCAAGCCUUAUUUCGAACUGAAAGCCAAGUACUAUCUGCAGAUGGAGCAACUGAAGCAGAAUGUGGAUGAACUGCAGACCAAGCUGUCGUUGGCCAAAGGAGAGUAUAAGGCCGCCUUGAAGAACCUGGAGAUGAUCUCCGAUGAGAUUCAUGAAAGGAGGCGCUCCAAUGUGAUUGGACCUAGAGGACGGGGGGUUGGUGCUGAGGGAAAUGGAAACCCUGUGGAAUUCACAUCCAGCCUGAAGACUGACCCUGAAGAGUUAUCCAUGACAUCUGAGAUAUUUGAUGAUGACAAUUGCAGUGACCCUGUGUCUGAAGAUUCGGAGAGCCAGUCCGAGUCCAGUUUAAGCUCCUGCCCGACCAGCCCACUGGACCAGCCAAACCCAUUCCCCACUAUGACUCGCUCCCCCAGCCUGGAACUGUUGAGUCCGGAGUCUGACUGUGCGACAGGUUCUCCCAUUCUGGGGCCUCGCAGUGAAUGCAGUGGAGCUUCCUCCCCUGAAUGUGAAGCUGAAAGAGGGUGCAGGGCUGGUGUUGAAAAGAAGGACAAACUGAUUAACCAACAAGCCAUUGAUGAGACUGCUCUGAAGAUCAGAGUAACUCAAAUUUCAGUCAAAUGCACACAUCCAAAGGAGAAACAAAUUUCGGGAAUAGAGGUCUGCAGUUUGGCUGGCUCCCCAACCUGUUAAAUAUGGUGUGAACCAGUAUCUUAAACAUGCCAGAAAACAUCUGCCACCAACUUACUCAUUCACAAUCCAGGCCUUUUAAUUGCUGUCUAACUACUUAUUGAAAGGUUUCUUUGAAAUGUGGUUGGUAUGUCUAAUUGAGAUGAAAAGGAACCUUGGGGAAGUUUUUGGAUUGAAAGACUUGGACAUAGCAAUUUGAUUUCGGACGGGAGGCAAAGUAGCAGCAACUGCCUUGUGCUGGUGAAGUGGAUUUGAAGAUUGACUUUUUCUUUUGCUGCAAUCGAUGACCUAUAUGUACAUGGCAGAGGAGGAACACUAAUCGAGAGGCUAUGCUUUGCUCCACUCGUAUUGUGUGCAAUAUUUAUAUGUGCCACUUCAUUGUGUCUCUCUUCACACGGAGACCUACUGUGUUCUUGUGUUGACAAGUGUGCUACUGCACUGAGGGUCUGCGGUGCAUCUUUACAGCAGAGUUAGUUUCACACUGUGGAAAAACAGACCUGAAGCUACUGCUCCGGUUUCCUGUUGUUCAGAAAGACUUGCAAUAAGAAAAAAAAACUACAGUGCUGAGGGUCCUUCACUUCCCGUGAAUGGUGAGAGUUUAACAGGAGUGGAGCAACAUGUUUACUAUCUGGAAAGGUAGAUCUGGCAUUGUUAAAUGUCUUUACUGUUCCAUUAUAUCCUUGUAACCACGUGGAAGAAAACAAAAGAUUUCUGGAGAAAGCUGGCCAUUGAUAUUUGGCUUAGAAAUUGUAGUGUUUUCACUGACAAGUUAAAGUUCUUUGUUGGCCAUAAAUCUGCAUUAAACCAAGUACACUACAGGCACCGACAAGGUUCUGCUGCUGAGAAACGUCUGCCCGUGCAGUUGACAGAAAAUAUCACAGACUGGAUGACAGCACUGGGAAUCCAGAUUGUAAAAAAUAGCUCCCUGGGCUUUAGUUCGGGGAGAAGAGAGAUCUGGUUUGCCAAAGGGAUUUUAUUUUUGACUUGCAAGUAAAGUAACCAACGAGAAAGCUUGCAUGCCUUAUAUUUAUGUUUAAAACAUAAUAUACACAAUAGAUUGGUAAUCAUUAAGUACUAUUUUGAGCAUUAGUUUUUUUUGUACAAUUCAGUAUUGUAAAAUUGUGUAUAGUUCCACAUUUUUAAUAUGGGUUCUGUCAUUAAAUAUGCCUCAUCAUUCUAAAUACAUAUAUAUAGUCACUACUGUGUUUGUGUUAAUCCAUCUCAUAUAGUAACAGUGACACUGAGCUAUGACAUUUUAAUCUGAAGGUAACUUCAACUUGAUUGCAUUUUAAAUCAACAAGUCUGUACAACUGAAUGAACUAUUU